AUGGCCUCAUUGAUGUCGUCCCUCAGGCUUGCCCUGCCACCCAAUUCGUGGAUCACUGCUCUUCCAUCCCCAUCAUUAGCUUCGCCUGCAACCCCCCCCGCACCUGGCGUAUACCCGUUCUCAAUCUCAGAAUCGCUCUACACAUCUCUGCUCAACCCUGCCGUUCCUCUCACAAUUGCUGCCGUGUAUGCGACGGUCGUCCAUGCCUUUAACUCCCGCUGCGAUGGUACACCCUACCGGGUCUCAAAAACCAGAGCGUUCAAAUCGUUUGUGAUUGCCCACAACCUUUUCCUGGCUAUCUACUCGCUGUGGACUUUCGUUGGAAUGUGCAUGGCUGUGCACCGCUCAAUUGUAACCACGCGUGGUGUUUCCGGGGUCGUGGAGUCGCUUUGCAAGAUUCGCCCAGAGACAAGAUUCGGGACGGAUUUGACCCAAUUGCCAGAGAAUUUAUUGCAAGGACCUGUCGGAAUGUGGGAGGAGGGUCUUGCAUUCUACGGAUGGCUGUUCUACUUGAGCAAGUUCUAUGAAGUUAUUGAUACCGCCAUUAUCAUUGCCAAAGGAAAGAAGAGCAGCCUUUUGCAGACGUACCAUCACGCUGGUGCUAUGAUUUGCAUGUGGGCUGGAAUUCGUUUCAUGUCCCCUCCCAUCUGGCUCUUCUGUGUUUUCAACUCUCUGAUCCACACACUUAUGUACACUUACUACACCCUCUCAACCCUCCACAUCCACGUCCCCAACGCUCUUAAGCGCUCCCUCACCUCCCUUCAGAUCACACAGUUCAUCGUUGGUGGAUCCGGAGCUGCCAUCCACCUCUUCAUCUACUUCACCCCUACUACUGCCACCACCAUUCUCAAUGCCGCCUCCUCUGCGAAUGCUGGUGAGAUGAUGAAGAACGGAAGCUCUGUUGGAAUGCACUCCGAGCCAGGCAUGGUCUUCUGUCUCUCCGGUCCCGAGGAAGUCUGGGCUGUUCUUGCAAACUGCUUCUACCUCACACCUUUGACCUAUCUCUUUGUCAGCUUUUUCGUGGACUCCUACACCAAGAAGGGCAAGGCCAGGAGAGCGUCGCGUGCCGCCGCUCUGGCAGCGAAGCAGCGAUAA